CGGCCUCCGGGAGCGGGGCGCGGGGAUGGAGCUGCGGGCGCUCUGGCUGCUUUGCUGCUGCUUCUGCUGCUGCGGCCGCGCUGCGGACCCCCGCGCCACCUUCACGGCGACGGAGCCGCGGAGCCGCGAGCGACAGGCAGCCGCCUUCCGGGAAAGUCUUCAUAGACAUCGAUACUUGAAUUCUGUAUUCCCUGGUGAAAACUCCAGUGCCAUCUAUGGAAUAAAUCAAUUUUCUCAUUUGUUUCCUGAAGAGUUUAAAGCUAUUUACUUAAGAAGCAAACCUUCCAGAUUGCCCAGAUACCGAGCAGAAGUGCAAACAUCCAUACCCAAUGUGUCUUUACCAUUAAGAUUCGACUGGCGGGACAAGCGUGUUGUAACACAAGUGAGAAACCAGCAGACCUGUGGAGGUUGCUGGGCCUUCAGUGUGGUGGGUGCCAUGGAAUCUGCAUAUGCGAUAAAAGGGAAGCCUUUGGAAGACCUAAGUGUUCAGCAGGUCAUUGAUUGUUCAUAUAAUAAUUACGGCUGCAAUGGAGGGUCUACUGUCAAUGCUUUGAACUGGCUGAAUAAGACGCAUGUAAAACUGGUGAGAGAUUCAGAGUACCCAUUCAAAGCGCAAAAUGGCCUGUGCCGUUACUUUUCUGAUUCACAUUCCGGAUUUCCAAUCAAAGGUUAUUCUGCAUAUGACUUCAGUGACCAAGAAGACGAAAUGGCAAAAGCACUUGUCACCUUUGGCCCAUUGGUCGUGGUAGUAGAUGCGGUGAGCUGGCAAGACUAUUUAGGAGGCAUAAUACAGCACCAUUGCUCUAGUGGAGAAGCAAAUCAUGCAGUUCUCAUAACCGGGUUUGAUAAAAUAGGAAAUACUCCAUAUUGGAUUGUGCGGAACUCAUGGGGAAGUUCAUGGGGAGUAGAUGGCUAUGCCCAUGUUAAAAUGGGAGGCAAUAUUUGUGACCAUGAGCACUGGAACUGGAAAAGCACCUUUGCCUUUCUGGUCUAGAGGUGCUGGAAGCAGGAACCUCGCCCAAGGAAGGAGCUGGCCUACAACAGGGAAGAAUAAAGCCAACACCUACAGAAAAGAAGAGAUGAGACACAGAGGAUCCUCAGAAGUUCCAGGAAUAUGGUACUCCAGGAACUGGAUGCAUCCCCAGGCUCCUCUCAAUCCUUUGAGCUAGUGCAGUAAUUGCCAAGUCCCCUCUGGGCAAGCUUCAGAUAGAUUUCUGUCAUUGGUCAUCGAGAGUCCUAAUAAAUACGAGCAAUGUUUCCAAAACAAUAUAUGGCAAAAUAUCUCUUAAACUUUUUGAUUGUACAACUCUUUGUGUAGAAUGACACAUUUUAUUGCACAAAGUAUUUGAAAUUGCUGAAGUUUCAAGCUUAUUAAAGUACGAAAUGAGAUAAUGAUUAUUAUGUUAAAUGGUUUACCUUAAGGUGUAAUUAUUAGGGGACAUUGAGGUUUUAAUAGGAAAACCUUCUACGUACAAUGUUACAAUUCAGCUGAAUUAAUUUCUUUAAUUCAUUAUUACAAAAAUGAGUUAAUAAAAUUAUUUACAGAAUUGAAUCAGAGCACCACAAUGCUUACCUAUAUAUAUAUAUACAUAUAUUACACUGGGACUCUUGAUGUAUCAUGACAACUCAUAGAAAAUUUUAAAAAACACAGACUGAGAAAUCGAUGUCUUCAUAGAUUUGGAGAUGAGUUUAAUCUGAUUCAUCACUGCUGAAGUAAGAGCUGUCACAAUAUUCAGCCGUGUAAAGGAAUUUAUGAAUAAUUGGGUUCAUCUUCGGUAUCCAGUGUCGGGGAACCAGAUAUGUUGAAAGA